AUGGCGGAGGGCGGCGGCGGGGGGCCGCGGCGGAAGGCGCUGUCCCUGCUGGAGGCGGCCCGCUCCCGCUACGAGAGCCUGCAGAUCUCGGACGACGUGUUCGGGGAGUCGGGCCAGGACAGCAGCGGGAACCCCUUCUACAGCACCUCGGCCGACUCCCGCUCCGCCUCCUCCCAGGACGAGGACGAGGAGCAGCUCGCGGCUGCGGAGGGGCCCGGCCCCCGGGGCCGGGGGCGCCGUGUCCCCAGGGCGGUGGCGGCGGAGCGGCAGCAGGUUCCCGGCGGCGGCGGCAGCCCCGGCCCCACGGAGGAGGAGGCGGAAGAGGAGGGGGGCUGGACCCCGACCCUGCGAGACGCCCCACCCCCAGACUUCAAGGAUAGCUUCGGUCCAACCCAUAAAAUGCCCCCAACUGCCAGUGCCAUGGACUUUUUUCAGCUCUUUGUCCCUGACAAUGUACUAAAGAACAUGGUGGUACAAACCAACAUGUAUGCCAAGAAGUACCAGGAGAGAUUUGGCAAAGAUGAUGCCUGGAUGGAAGUCACGCUAACAGAAAUGAAAGCCUUCCUAGGCUACAUGAUCUCCACAAGCAUUCACCACUGCGAGUCUGUCCUCAGCAUUUGGAGCAGUGGCUUCUACAGCAACAAGAGCAUUGCGCUGAUCAUGACACAGCCACGGUUUGAGAAAAUCCUGAAGUACUUCCACAUUGUGGCCUUCCGUUCCAGCCAGAUGACACACGGCCUCUACAAAAUUCAGCCUUUUCUGGACUCUCUGCAGCAUGGCUUUGACUCUACUUUUAGGCCUUCCCAAACCCAGGUGCUACAUGAACCGCUGAUCGAUGAGGACCCAGUUUUCAUUGCCACAUGCACAGAGCGGGAGCUACGCAAAAGGAAAAAGCGGAAAUUCAGCCUGUGGGUUCGGCAGUGCUCAUCUACUGGUUUCAUCUGUCAGAUAUAUGUCCAUCUAAAAGAAGGAGGCGGUGCUGACGGACUGGAUGCUUUGAAGAACAAGCCCCAACUCCACAGUAUGGUGGCCAAGAGCCUUUGUCAGAAUGCAUCAGGAAAAAACUACAUCAUCUUCACUGGCCCUAGCAUUACCAGCCUGAACCUUUUUGAAGAGUUUGAGAAGCAAGAGAUUUAUUGCUGCGGAUUGCUGAGUUCCAGGAAAAGUGACUGCACAGGCCUACCUCCAUCAAUGCUGCAUAACCCAGAUGCUCCUCAGUCCAGAGGGCAGUACAGAAUAAAGAUGAAGGGAAACAUGUCCCUGAUCUGCUGGUAUAACAAAGGGCAUUUUCGUUUUCUCACUAAUGCCUAUUCUCCAGUUCAACAAGGAGUUAUAAUUAAGAGAAAAAGUGGCGAGAUCCCAUGCCCGUUGGCAGUAGAAGCUUUUGCUGCUCAUCUUAGCUAUAUCUGCAAAUAUGACGACAAAUACAGCAAGUAUUUCAUUUCUCAUAAACCAAACAAGACCUGGCAACAAGUGUUCUGGUUUACCAUCAGCAUUGCCAUAAACAAUGCCUACAUCCUCUACAAAAUGUCAGAUGCCUAUCACGUGAAAAGGUACAGCCGGGCACAGUUUGGUGAGAGACUUAUAAAGGAGCUGCUGGGCUUGGAGGACACCUCACCUUCUCAUUGAUGCAUUAUUCCUUGUGGCUUAGGUAUGGGGUGGAGGGGGAGCAGAAGAGGAGACCAGCGCUCUGGAAUGUCAAAGCAGGGAACUCAUGACAUCACCAAUGCCGCUCCCUAUAGGAAAAGGACAGUGAUGCCAGUAGAGGGGUGGAGACUUUGUUAAAAGUAGCAGCUGGCUGUUGAAUGUCCUACAGAGAGAGCCACAGGAAAAGUCAACACACAACUGCAUCUGUGAAUGCUCUGUGGGUACCUGUCCAUCCAAAAAGAUUUAAGUUAGUAGCCAUUUGUCUGCCAUAUCUGUUGAACAGGGUCAUCUUGUAAGGCUUCCAUAGGGCUUACCACGAGCUUGCCACAAAGGGAUGUAGCUCAGUGGUCCUAGGUGGGCAUUACCAAAACUCUGCCUUGUCUGGAGUUCUUUAACUGUGGGACAAGCAAUGUUGUGUCAUGGAUAACAAUGCCUGACACCUUGUAAGGAAUCAUGACAUGGUUAAAGAGAAACAACAUAGAUUUAUAUGUUCUUCACAAGUAUAUUGACAGAUUGACCUGUAACAGGCAAAGACAACAAAGACAGAGUAACAGUUAAGAACUUUUUUUUUUUUAUUAGUGUAAGGCAAUCAGAUUGCAGUAUAGGAAUAAAACGUUUAGGGGGAAAUUAAACAUCUUGGAGAACCUUAAAAUAAAAGUCCGAGUGAAAUUUUAAAAGUCAUGGGGAAAGCUGAAUUGAUGCACAUAGUUUAACAAAUAAAUGAGGUAAUACUGCCUGCCACCAUAGCUUCAAUAUUGCUGGUGUGUAGGUGAGAAAUCUCAGAGUGUAACAACUAACAACUAUAUUUUCUUUGAUUUCAGUUGUAGCUUCAGGUUCUUCUAAGUGUUGCUUAAGAUCUACCUUAAUGGACUUGUUUUACUUAAAUUUCUAUGGAUGUUUUUCAUUUUCCCACUUUUUUUAAAAAAUAUCAAGACAGAUAGAUAUUCUUCAUCUUAGAUCUUCAUUUCCUAUUAACACACAUUUGGCAAGCAAAAAUAGUUCACCGAUAGCAGUGCGUUUUGCGUUUUCACGGUUGGGUGUUCUGUAGGAAUCCUUCUUAGAAUUUGAGAUGCGUCACAGUAGCUGUACUUUUGCAAAUUAUAUGUUUAGAAAAAUAGUGUGUCAUUGUAAAAAACUGUUCAGGUGCAACCAAAUGUUGACAUCACUGAAGCAGAACAAAACCCAAAUGCUUUCCUUGUUCUGAGUGACUCUCUGGAAGCUAGAACCAUUAAGAAUUAGUGCAGCCUAGUGCCACUGGCCAGUAUUGACAAGACUCGUUGGCUGAAUGUUUUUAACACAAUACCGAGUUCACUGCCACCAGGACGCUUCAGUGGGGAAAGCAAAAGGGGAGAGAGGUCUGAUAGCAGGGGGCAAAAACCCAGCGCUGGAGUAAAAUACCUAAUACUACGCCGUAGUUGGCAGAAAUAGAUCAAUAGAGUGCUAAUAAAUACCACUUAUCUCAAAGACCAUAUAUUCAAAUAAGCUGCCUAAAGCGCGUCACUGAAAUCCAUUUUCAGAGGUGCUCAGAACCCACCACUCUCAACCUGUGAAAAUCAAGCCCCUCAUUGUAAUGCCUGACUUUAGCCAACCACCUUUGAAAAAUAUUGGCCUAAACUAUCACAAAGAUUAGAUGACAUGCUCAUUGUGCCCUGUAACUUCAAAAUUUUGCCAAAAUGUAUUCUGAAGAGUUGGUGCUAGUUACAUAGCUAGAAUUACCAAGAAAAGAACAUUGGGAUGAGAUCUGGUUGGAACUUUCAUAAACAGACAGCUUCCCCACAGCAACCGCCUGAUCAGAGCAACCUUCCUUCCUUUGUCUGCAGUGCAAGAACAUUGCUGAGAAAGGAUGAGCCCAAUCCUCCAACAUGCUGAGUAUCUCUCGUAAGGGUCUGAGUUCCCCAACUCUCACUGAUAUCAAUGGUAGCUAAGGGCUUUCCUCACCUCACAGGAGGUCCUUAGCAUUUUAUAGUAGUAAGCCCCAGACCUGUUCUCUCAGCACUUGGCCCUAACAUAGGGUCUGAUGCAAAACCAUUUUGCAGUCUUUUCAGUGACGUCAGUGGAUCAGGCCCAUCUACUACAGCAACUGCUUUUUAAAAAAAAUAAAUAGUUUGAAAAUAGUUUCCCACUGGUUUGUUCUGCUCACCAUACAGAUUGCGUGAGCUAAAAUUUUACCAGGUCCUAGUUUUACCUCAGGGAUUGGCUCCUGAGUAGUUCUCCCUUGUUUUGGUGUUGACAGGCCGAUUACACAGUGACUGGCUGAUUAUUAUUAUUAUAGGGAAGAUGCUUUUUCCCCCCUCCUGCGCAAAGGAGAAAAACUGAGACAGAAACAAAGUAUUGCUUUGCAAUGAGUUUUGGCCCCCCACCCCCUCCCCCAAGCGUCUCCUACAACCUUGAACUGGCUUCCUUAAGAUGCCUAGAAAUUCAAUAAAAGAACAAGCAAAAACACCACACAACCCACCCCACCCUAUAUAAAAUGACUCAAAACUGGGUUUCACAGCCUACAAGCAAAAUUCACCAAAGUAAAACUUAGCCUGUGCCAAUAAAAUGACUGUGAUCCACUAUAUCUUUCCUAUUAUAUUUAUCUGGAAGGAGGAAGGAUGGGGGAUAUUGUGGGGUUUGGUUUUGUUGUUGUUGUUAAAAAGCAUCUCACAAUUUCUCUUUAAAUAUUACAAAAACCUUUUCUUGGUUAAAACAAUUUAGUGUCGACAUCAGUUCAGACCUCAGUCUUUAGUCAUUCCCUUGCUGUAUUAGAUUUUGCGAUUUCCCCCACCCGACCACAGAAAUACAUGGCUGUUCCUUAGUUUCAGAAGUCAAUAAAAGCAAAGGGCUAAGUGUCAGAGGAUUGCAAGAACACUGUUGAUGACAACCUUGUAUGAGCAUGGAUGCCAAUGACAAUGCGUAAACAUGGUUUGUGUGAUGGCUUGUACCAUCAGAUUGGAUAUGGUUAAGUAUCCUCAAGCCAUUCUGGGUAAAGACCUUAAAGCUCAGCAUUAAUUAAAAACUGAGGGAAAUGCCAACUACCUGAGAUCAGCUUCUCUCUACCUCUGAGAAAGGGGACAUUGAAAGUGGAGCAGAUGGGGGGAGGGAAAGUUGUCCCCCUUCUGUUAAAUUUGUUUUCAUUCAGUAUACAAUUCCUAGCAUUGGCAAUUCUUUGUUCACCGCAGCAUGCAGACUGCUUCAAAGAAUUAAAGUGAGACAGUGUGAUAUGCAGACAACAUUCUAUGCACAACACCUCUUCCAAGGAGUUUUCAUGUUCUGUCGAGACAUGUAUUUGAAAAAAGGUUCAUUACGGUGUGAAACAUUUAUAUAACGUUCACUGAAGCUAAAGCCAGUGUCAAAUAGUGUUGUAUUAUAAUUUGCUCCACCGUGGAAAACUAUUGCAAGGGCUCCCUGGAACUCUGACCCUGUAGCUUUUUAUCUUAGCCCAUUUGUGCACUUGAAAAGAAAGGGAAUGAUUUAAAGAGACAUCUCUCCUGUUUCCCUUUUUGCUCAGUAGUUCUGGCUACGUUCUCUCUAAGCAUCUCUCUUAUCCCUGCCUCUAUUUCUUUUUCAUUAACAGAUAUUUUAAGAACCCAGAUUUCUCAGUGUCACUAAAUAAUUGAUUCAGCGAUAUCAUUUUUGGUUUCUUAUACAUCUCACAAAGAAAAGAGACAUUUCUCUGUUUCCACAGUUACACAAAGGGCACUGAAUCAGAACCAGCAUUUUCAUUCCUGACCUCCAGCAACCCUUACUUUGUUCCUUUUAUAACAGAGGUUUGUUCUUCUAACAGCUACCUAAUGGGUGCUUUCUUGAGUUGGCAGGUAAUGAGGCCUCUGUUAGGACAAUUCUAUGCUUCCUUUAAGUAUAUGUCACGUCAGGAGCUGAUUUUAGUGGUGGUUUCGGGAAUACACUGCACUGUAAUAACAUUUUGCACUUCUAUAAUGUCUUCCAUCUAAGGAUCUUGAAGUGCUUUAGAAUAUGAACAUUAAUUAGCCCCUCACUAUAUCCCUGUGAAGGGGGCAGGAAGUAUCAACAUUCCUCGUUUACAAAUGGGGAAACGGGCACAGAGAGGGUAAGUGAUUUACCUAAGGUCACUCCAGAAAGUCUGUGGUAGAGCUGGGAAGUAGACUUGAUUCUCCCAACUCCCAGUCCUUAGGACUGCGUGUGAUUUUUUAGAAAUUUAUAGUUUUUAUUCAUAGGCCCAGAAGUCAAACUAGAUGUAUUUUUCUAUACUAGAAAAAUAAAUGAAAGGAACUUAAGACCAGCCUUCCCCUCUGGAGUAGAGACAACAUGUCUCAGUCACCUCACUAAUUUCAUUUCUCACAAUGCAUUGUGAGCCUCCGCCAAAGCCCACUGCAGUCACUGGAAAGAUUCCCAUUGAAUUCAGUGAGCUUUAGACGAGACCUAUGGACUUGACUGGGGGAGCCCAGAGCA